UGUCGUUCCUACCUUGUCUAUGCAAGGGCGAACUCUCGUCGAAGACCAUUAGUAAAAGUCUUUUCAGCUUGGUCCAAGUCUACACAGCGCCCCAAUCAUGUCGUCCAAUAUCCUGACCGAUCCUAUCCCAGAACUAGAACAGGCCCUCAAAACCAACCUCUUUGGCAUUCAGCCGAGCUCUCACGUCAUGCUCGAUCGGUCGUUCCCUCACACUGCCGAGGACAAAGCCGCUAUAGUAGAAGAGAGUAAAAAGACUGGACGAACAAGCGAUCGAGCUGUGGCUAGAGCCAGGAUAAUGUUGCUGGAUGGAGGUGGGAUUGGGGAGAUGGAGGUGGUUCUGGAUCAGAGGGGGUAUACGGUCGAACGCAUCUCUGAUGCAGCAUCCAACCUCCACACUUACCUUCAACAAACGUAUGAAUCAUUAGAAACACUCCUCAUCGCUGUCAGCCCAGCGUACGUUCAGGCCAUGACCAUGGAAGUGAGCAAACGGUUCGAGGGUUUCAGCGGGAGACCAGAGAACUCGACUGAGGAAGAUCCAUACGAGAUAGACAGGAGGGCAGAGAAUGCAGCUCUGGGAGGGGAACAGAAGGAGUGGAGGUGAUCGCAGCUUGCGGGUCUCCCAAUGACUAUUACGCAUGUCCCCCUGAAGGGAGGGAUCUCUGUGACCGUAGAGACCAGGUCUUAGGAUGCCCCUUCGUCCUCACGGAUCCUCGAUGUUGAAUUUUCUCCGCGCAACUGUAGCAAUAGUUAUCCAUUACAUGACCUACAGCCCCGCUCAUAGCUGUUAGAUUUGACGGUUGACCCGAUGCAUUCACCCUGUCUAUCGAUC